AUGUGGCCGUUCUCGACGCCGUACCCGGAGUUCCGCGUGGACGAGCUAUUUGAAGAAUACGACUACGUCGUCGUCGGCGGAGGCACCGCAGGAUGCGUGCUCGCGAACCGGCUCAGUGCACAGCCCAACCUGCGCGUCCUCGUCGUUGAGCGUGGGCCCGUGGCGGACACCUGGGCGUCGCGCGUGCCGCUGUUCUCGUCAGACUUUGCGUCGGACGGGACGCGCACGAUCCGCCGCGACAUGGUCCCGCAGCAGCACCUCCUCCCGAAGGGCACGCGCCAGAUGCAGGCGUUCUCGGGGAGCGUGUUGGGGGGCACGAGCCGCAUCAACCAGAUGCUGUACACGCGCGGGCUGCCGGCAGAGUAUGAUGAGUGGAGGGAGGCGGGGAUGGAGGGGUGGGGGUGGAAGGAUGUGCGGGGGUGCUUCUUGAAAUCGGAGAAGGCGGAUGUGGACGUGGAGGGCGUGCAUAAUACGAGUGGUCUAUGGAGGAACAGGACGCAUGCGGACUUCUACUUCCGGGGCUUUGGAGAAGCAGUUCGGGCGGCGGAGUCAAUCGGGCUGCCCUACAUCCCCGAUGUCAACUCCUCGACGCACCCGCCCUUCGGCUGUGCGCGCCUGCACUUCACCAUCGACGAGAACGCACACCGCCACUCGACAUACCAUGCGUUCCUGCCGAAAGACCUCGCCCUUUGGCGUGCCAGCGUGGGGCGUCUCCACGUAUGCACGGGCACGAUCGUCGAGCGGCUGGUCACGGAGCGCAUGGAGGGCGGGGAGCUCAUGGUCACGGGCGUGGUGCUUGGUCCUACAUAUGAAGGGAAGGGUGUCAAGACGAGGACGAUCAAAGUGAGGAGGGAGGUUGUGUUGAGUGCUGGGCCGUUCGGGUCGCCCCAGAUUCUCAUGCUGAGUGGUAUAGGACCGGCCGAACACCUAAAGGAGGUCGGUAUUACGGUGGUCAAAGACCUGCCUGCGGUGGGCGCGAAUCUGCAGGACCACUUUGCCGUGACCACCGGGUUUAACAUCAGCAUGUGGGACUCCCUGCUCUCGCUUGAAAAGCGGCCGUGGCGGUUCUUCAUCGAGCUCGUGCGCUACCUCAUAUGGGGCACCGGGCUGCUGCUGGUGCCUGUCCUCCAGCUCGCAAUCUUCGCCCACUCGAAGCUCCUCGACGAGCGCGGGCUGCCCACAAAAACAGAGAAGGCGUUUGACCAGAAGCUGCCAGACAUCGAGAUCAUGCCGAUGGCCUACGACAGCAGCGACUCCCAGCUGGGCCAGUACAUCCCCCGGACCGCCGGUCAGUACAGCUUCCUCAACGUGCUGCUCGCGCCCGCGAGCCGCGGCACCGUGCGCCUCUCGUCGCCGGACCCGCGCGCGCCGCUCCUCAUCGACCCUGCGUACCUCUCGAACCCGGCGGACUUGCUUCCGCUGCGCGCGGCCGUGCGGCUCUCGCUGCGCCUGCGCGACCGCAUGCGCCUGCAGGGGUACGCGAUGAAGGACGCGACCGUGCCGAAGAGCGAGGCGGACGAGGAUCUGGACGAGUGGAUCCGGUCGUGCAACAGGACGACGUAUCAUUAUACGUCGACGUGUCGUAUGGGGAAGCUGGAGGAUGGGGAGUGGGAGGGCGGCGCGGUCGUGGACGCGAAAUUGAGGGUGUAUGGGGUCAAGGGCUUGAGGAUCGCAGACUCGUCUGUGUUCCCGAGGGUGCCGAGGACGCAUACGCAGGCGCCGUCUGCGGCGGUGGGGGAGAAGUGUGCAGAAAUGAUUCUGAGCGGUGUUUGA